ACUGUAAAGUGGAGGAUGGUGCCUGUGUUCGGCCAACCAAUGGACACUGAAUCCCUGGAGAUCUGUGAAAAAGAUGAGGAUGAGAAGGACCCUGUGGCUCCGUACUACCUGGAGACCCCGUACGGCUACCAGCUAGACCUGGACUUCCUGAAGUAUGUGGACGACAUCGAGCGGGGGAACACCAUCAAGAAGCUGAACAUCCAGCGGAAGCCCAAGUCGACGCGGCCCUCCACCUCCUCGCAGCACAGCAACAACAACAGCGUGAGCAGCAGCAGUGGCGGAGGCUGCGGCCUGGCCGAGUGGACGUCCACCGACUCGCUCUCGUCCUCCGCCAGUGAUGAGAACAAGCGGUCCCCGUCGCCCGUGUUCCUCACGUCCGCAAAUCAACCAACGCCACCACCACCUCAUCCUCACUCCCUACCCCAGUCGCCCGCCAGCAGCAGCAGCAGCAGCAGCAGCUUCCCCCCCCCCUCCCCGCGGGUCUUCCCCCGGCACAACCUGCAGGUGGAGAAGACGCUGAUGGAGACACGCCGGCGUCUCGAGCAGGAGCGGCUCCUGGCCCAGCCGCUGCUGCCGCCGCCUCCGCCGGCCACCGUGGCCAGCGACCCUCUGCCGCCCCCGCGCCGCCGGCUGGCCAGCUUCGGAGGCAUGGGCUCCAACAGCUCGCUGGCCUCGUCCUCCUUCGGCGGCUCGGCGGGGAUGCCCAGCCAGGUGUCGCCCGGCUCGCACCACCUGCUGGCGCACAACGGGCACCUGCUCAGCAACGGCGGCGGCGACGGCGGCGGCUACAACCCCUACUUCACGCCGUCCAUGGGCGGCUCCAUGCGCCACAGCCCCAUGAGCUCGGGCAUGACCACGCCGGUCACUAACGUGAGCCCGGCGCACCUGCAGCACAUCCGCGACCAGAUGGUGGUGGCGCUCAAACGGCUCAAGGAGCUGGAGGAGCAGGUGAAGACCAUCCCCAUCCUGCAGGUGAAGAUCGCCGUGCUGCAGGAGGAGAAGCGGCAGAUGUCGUCCCAGAUGAAGGGCCAGAAGGGUCAGAUGGGCUCCGGAGGCUUCCGGAAGCGCUCGUACAGUGUGGGCAGCGCCGAGCAGUUCGAGUCGUCUCUGGCCCCCCAGCUCCCGGCGGAAGGCCGGCGCUCUGAGCUGCACAUCGACUCGGAGGACGAGCUGGAGGGCAUGGAGCAGAGCUCGCAGCGGCUGCAGGAGUUCAGGCAGCUGACCGCCGAGAUGCAGGCGCUGGAGAAGGAGAUCCAGGACCCGGGGUCUGCCACCAAGGAGUACCAGAGGCAGCAGCGUGGACAGACCCAGAAUGACCGCACCACCACCACCACCACCACCACCACCACCGCUGCUGUCACACUGCAGAGGCAGUCGAGUCGGGAGCAGAAGUCCAUCGCCGUGGGCUCGGACGAGAACAUGAACGACGUGCUGAUCUGCCGACGCUCGCCGCCAGCGCCGAAUCGGAGCAGGGACGCGUCGGUGGGGACGGAGCGUCCAGAGACGCGGAGCGCGGCGGUCGGCGUGACCGAGGCCAUGCUGGGCACGAGCUCGGAGGCGGAGGCCGAGAUCGAGCUGCAGCACCAGACCAUCGACUCCCUGAAGGAGAAGAUCUACCGGCUGGAGGUGGCGCUGAGGGAGACCACCCACCAGAUGGAGAUGAGCAAGCUCAAGCUGGAGCUGCAGGCCGCCGGCAGCCGCAAGAAGGCCGACAAGGGCUGCAUGGCCCGGCCCGAGAUGUACAGCACCGCCGUGGAGGCCCGGGUGUCCACGCAGAGCCUGGGCGUGGGCAACCACGAGGAGUCCAGCGGCGACAUCGUCGUCGGCACCAACGACAAAGCACCCCAGGUGCAGGCGGUCGGGGUGUCCUGCCGACCGGACACGAAACCGGCCGCCGUGGGUCCGAACGUACCGAUGGACAGAUGGGUCGUGCACGAGCGAAAGGAGGUGAAGGACCAGUGCGUGGGCCGGCAGGUGACCGUGACGGACAAAAACGUGGGGGCGCAGCUGAGUGUGUGUGAGAUGGGCAUCAACACGGAGGAGACAGUGGAGAGUCUGGGACUGCGCAAGGCGGAGGCCGAGGCGGCCAAAGAGGUCCGGUCCAUCGGGUGUGGGGACUGCUCAGUGGACGUGACCGUGAGCCCCAUCAAAGAGCUGGUGAGUGCGGGGACAGGGAUGGACGCUGUGAGCCGAGCAGAUCAGGGGAUUAUGGUCCUUCCUGAGACCUCGUCUCAGUACUCAGAGACGGACGUGCUAGGGGUCAGCAGGUCCACCAGCACGGAGCGGAUUGCUCUGGUGGAUUCCUGCACGGACACAGAGCUGAGCAUGAGAGACCAGCAAACCAGCACAGCCCCGACCGAGACCAGGACAGUGGCCGUCGGGGACGGCCUGGUGAAAGACGUGCAGGCCACGGUGAAGACGCGCUCAGUCGCCGUCGGAACGGCAGCGCCGGGCGACGCAGGGAGCGAGCGGUUGGCAUCGUCGGCCAAAACCAAAGACAGCGGGGUGGGGCAGGUCUGCGUGAACGACAACUUCCUGGUGGGACUGAAGACCAGGACCAUCGCAUGUGGGCCCUCUCUUCCCCAGCUGCCCAACCUCUCCCAGCCUGGCCAGAGCCCAGCAGCCGUGGUGCUGACCCAAACCCAGACCCCGACCCAGACGCAGGUACCGCUUCUGGCUCCUCCAGCUUGCGUCCUGCCGGGCCCACCAGCAGCGUCCGGCGCCGGACUGGACCACUACAUCGAGCGCGUGCAGAAGCUCCUGCAGGAGCAGCAGAUGCUGCUGGCGGAGAACUACAGUGAGCUGGCUGACGCUUUUGGCCAGCCGCACACCCAGUUUGGCUCCAUCAACAGCCAGCUGGUCAACACGCUGUCGUCCAUCAACUCAGUCAUGAAGUACGGCAGUGUGGAGGAGCUCCGCGCCACUGACGUCACCAAGCUGGCAACAGAUGGAAGCAUAAGAGGAGACCAGCAGGUGGUCAGCAGAGUGAGUUCCCAGUCUCUGACCCUGCGGUCAGAGGUCAUCCAGACAGGGACGGAGAGUGUGAGCUCUGGGGUUACGGUCACGGACGAAAGCCGACAGGCUGAGCUGAAGAGCCGCAUGGAUCAGCAGAUGUCCACGGCCCUGCAUGGGCAGUCUGGCAGUCAGAAUACCCUGAAGUCCAUCAUGAAAAAGAAAGAUGGCCGUCAGGGAUCCAAUGGUACCAAAAAGAACCUGCAGUUUGUGGGCGUCAAUGGAGGGUACGAGACCACGUCGAGUGACGACUCCAGCUCCGAGGAAAGCAGCUCCUCGGGGUCAGAGGACGAAGAGGAGGAGGAGGAGGAGGAGGCGGAGGAGGAAGGAAAGGAGGCGCAGAAGAAUGUCGGUGAACGGAGAAUGAGAGGAGAGGAGUUCUGUAACGAGGGAGCGGUGGAGGUGGGAAAGAGGGCUGAGCUCAGCGGCUCAGAGAAGCAGGAGAGGCGAGAGAGAUACGAGUUAAGUGAAAAGAUGGUGUCGGCGUGCAAUGUGCUGAAAGCCCACCUGAACGAUUCCAAGUCACUGACCAGCAAAGAUGUGCGGGCGUCCCUGAACACCGUGCAGCAGGAGUGGUUCCGCGUGUCCAGCCAGAAGUCAGCGGUGCCGGCCAUGGUGGAGGACUACUUGGCCGCCUUCCGUGGCGUCUCUAGCCCCGUGCUGCGGCACGUGGUCAACAUGGCCGAUGGCAACGGCAACACCGCCCUUCACUACAGCGUGUCCCAUUCCAACUUCGACAUCGUCAAGAGGCUGCUGGACGCAGAUGUCUGCAACGUCAAUCAGCAGAACAAGGCGGGCUACACUCCCAUCAUGCUGGCGGCCCUGGCGGCAGUCGAGUCUCCCAAGGACAUGCGCAUCGUGGAGGAGCUCUUCAGCAAAGGGGACGUCAACGCCAAAGCCAGCCAGGCUGGGCAGACUGCUCUGAUGCUGGCGGUGAGCCACGGGCGGAUGGACAUGGUGAAGGCGCUGCUGGCGUGCGGCGCCGAUGUCAACGUGCAGGACGAUGAGGGCUCCACGGCGCUGAUGUGCGCCAGCGAGCACGGCCACGUGGAGAUCGUCAAGCUGCUGCUGGCGCAGCCGGGCUGCGACGCAACGCUCAGCGAUAGCGACGAGAGCAAUGCCCUGUCCAUAGCUCUGGAAGCGGGACACAAGGACAUUGCAGUGCUGCUGUAUGCCCAUGUCAACUUCUCCAAAGCCCAGUCACCGGGCACGCCCCGACUUAGCAGGAAGACAUCGCCCAGCCCCACCAGGAGGAGUGUUUUCGACUAGACCCGCACCCACCCAAAUCAGCCCACCCCAGCCCAGCCCAGCCCUGAAUGCCCCCCACCCCACCUGACCCCCACUCGCCCUCUCCUUCCAUGCUGCUAUCGGUUCAGGUUUGACGAGGAAUCCCAAAGCUCGUUCUCCAGAGGUCCGACCCAUUUGGUGACCAGCGCUGCCACACCUACCUGCUCCAAAUCUGGCAGGACUAAGGGCUGAGGAGCCCCUCCACUCCCUGGACUGACUGAAUGUACCCCAGCCCCUCGACAGGAACGACCAACAAACGAAGAAACAGACAGACAGAGCAAGUGUGAAAAGGAAGGAUCAACGCUUGACUACCAGCGUCCAGGAGAGGAAAUGACUUGCAUGGCACUGGAACAUCAAACGUUUGGAGGCCUUUGUUUUUUGCCUUGGCUGUCUGACUGGUGGUUUUGUCUGCAGAGAUACUCUUCAGUCUGGAUGAUAUAGAUAAGUGCUUCAAAGAUGAUGGUGAGGUGGCCCUGAAGGGAUCAGCUUUGGGGGGUAUGAUCUCUUGUGGAUGUGCCCAGGACUCGUUUUUUGUGUGUGGUUACGUUGCCCAAAAAUAAAGCUUUAUACUUGAGACUAAACAGUCUCUGUUUAUACAGUAUAUGUGUAUAUGCUGCCCAGUUUCGUAUCAGCCAAUUUUGUGUUCAGUCCUGUUUGUAUCCUUUCAAAGCUCCAGCAGGUAUGUGUGAUGCUUGCUGAUUGGGAUUCCUAAGACAAUAUUUUCCUGGCUAUUUUCAAAUGAUCUUAUAUCUCAAUUGGAUAUAAACUUUACUUUUAUACAUGUCAUUUAUAUAUAUAUAUAUAUAUAUAUUUAAACAAUCACAGUAUUUUGGAUAUUUCCUUUUAUUCCCUAAUAGUACAUGAAGUUAUAUAUUUAUCAAUUAAAAGUUUUUAAUGCAGGUAUAAUUGUAUGGUCAUUGUACAUAUUGUAUGUGUAGAGCUACUAGAGCUUGGAGAUACACCUUGUUCUUUGUACAAUAAACUAUCCUGUUAUAGAUGUUAUUAGGUACUUCAUGUAAUAUCAGAACAGAAGUGCCUUUGACUUGCCAUAGAAGUGUAAACAACACUAAAACAUGUAUUUUCCCCAGUCACACUUAAUCUUGUGAAAGGCCUUAAUAACCCAACAGGUCCCUCUAUUGUCUUUGCUGCCUUUGACAGUUAGCACUCUGGCUCCCUCAUCUGGUGGUAGUUGGUUUGGCAACCAGCCUUGUGAUGUAAUUUAUUUUCUCUCUGUAUCUUACUAAUAAAAACAAUGUAAUUUAAA